CAUCCCGUCAUUAAAACACUGAACGGGAUAUCUGGAACACCUCAAAAAGACCACAGGGGAUUGUUAUCGGAAUGGCAAAAUUUCAUAUUUUCCUUGGAUAUAUCGUAUUAAUAAUGACGCACAGUGUGAGCUGGGGAAAUCUAUAUGCCAGUAGGAAUGUUCAAGAGUUGGAAAAUAUGAAGGACCUGAUCCAGCGGCUCGAGGACAAGUUGACGGUUAACGAGGAAAAUGACGUUUAUCCGUCAGAGUCUGAGGACGUGGUCGCAGCCCAUAUGGAGGACAUUGAGAACUCGCCCGCGGCGAUCCGGGGGCAGAAGGAGAGAAUGGUAAUCAACGCAUCCAAAAUAAUUGCCCCCGAAAGCCCUGUGGUGUCACGCCUGAAAGAUCUAAUCGGUUUGAGGACGGCCAAAUCGUUCAACAGCUGUUUCGGUAACCGGAUUGAGAGAAUCGGCUCGUGGAGCGGACUGGGGUGCAAUAACGUCAAGACUGGUAACAAGAAGAGAAUAUCUGGGAACUGAAGAACAACGUAGGCCUACCCAUUCAUGGACGUCAAAAAAACUGCCUAAUAUCUGACCUCUGUGGAACUCUCCCUGGCAUUCUGGGGAAUGCAUUUUUCCCCCUUCAAACAAUAGUCCUAAACUGAGAAAUAUAUAUUUCAUAAACGAAUUUAUACUAAAUCAUUUCGAUAUUAAAACAUGCUAAAUUAAAUCUCUUAAUUUCUGUGUUGGUUGGUUUCUAGACUGUCAGUGACAAUUGGACAUGCAUAUUGUAUUUCUGCCACGAAAAGGACCAUUUGAUUCCUAAUCGCACUCUCCAGAAAUGCCUAAUUACAACGCCUUUGUUAUGUGUUGGACGCCUGUACAGUAUUGUUCACUUGUGUGUAUCAAAUCGAUGUAUAUGUUUGAUCGUGUUGUGAGAGGACAUUAUUAGAUAUGGAACCUUUCUUAUGUAUCAUAUCAAUUAUCAAAUUAUAUAUUUCUUAUGAAUGAAACACAUUACAGCCUUCCAUAGUUGGUCACAUUAGUUGUCACACAGAGAGAAAGAUAAUGAGAUCAAUUCAAGUCAUACCUUCUAAUGAACUACUUUCUGCAAUACAAGGAAUAGUUUAUGCGCUGCAAUGAAAGCACACGAGGUCCAAAUAAUCGGAGGAUUAUUAUGAUAAAACGAUUUAACAACAAUAUUUCGCAUUCUUGUCGUCAAGUAGUAUGACACAGUUAAUGGAUUUGUUCUCAUUAUAAGCCCAACUAUUGCUGUUGGACCAGAAUAUUGAAAAGUAAAGUUACUAACACUAAAAAAAUUCAUGCAAGUUCAGAUACAAGAAUGUGACAGACGCAGUAGCCUAUUAUUCCACAUCGGUAUGACACCAUUUAAUAACGCAACAGAAGUCCAACUUCAAAAUCUAUAAGGUAGGUCUGUAGAGAGAGCACCUGCCCAGGGCCCAGGACACACCACACCUUAGACACACACAUUAGCUAAAUUAUGUCUAAAUGAUUCAAAUGUACUAAAAUGCACAUGCGAAAGGGACCAGAUGUUGGAGCAGCCUUAAGCACAGUACUUAGCAGGAGGCAGCGGGAUCAGGUGCAAAACAGUGUCCAGUUUAUUAUCAGUGAAAGGUGGUUCCAGGUGAAUGGAGAAAUCCAAUUAAUAUUUAAAUAAUCUACAAAAGGUAUUUAUAAAAUACACACUCAAAAUACAGGUUUGAAUACAAAUCAAAACCUAAGCCUCAAUCAGGCCUAUCCUGCCAAACCAACUAUAACA